AUGUCACGUCAAUUUGGUUCAAUAUAUAGUGGAACCAGCGGAGGGAGUAUUGAUCCUUCGUCGGGCAUAUCAAAUCGUCCUGUAUCAUUAGCUAAUAUCGCAACUGCGUUCUUAAGCGAACGAAAAACUUCCGCGCGUCGUUCAAGUAGUGGACCGCGAAAACAGCGAUUAGCCAGCAAAGGACAAUCUAUUUCCAUUUCUAAACGUCAAUCAAGUUAUACGACAACAACAGAUGAAAUCCUAGGUGGCCGACGAUCAUCGGUUGACAAUAUGAAUGACGUUAUUGCAACACUUUUUUCAUCUCAUAAUGGACCGACUAAUAGUGAUAAUAAACAUCGAUCUAAUGCAAUGUCAUUAACGAAAUGA